GCGCCUGGGGCGACGCGCCGCACCGGACCCAGCAGCAGCAGCGGCAAGCUUGGGUGUGAGCCCGGGGGCCGCUUUGCCCACCGUCCCGCCGGUCCCAGCCGUCGCUAGGGGGUCCGCGGGCCCUGCGGCAACCCUCGGUACAGACGCUGGGCGGGCGGCGACACCUGGCCCAUGGCCCCCCCGGCGGCUCAGUCUUACUUGGCCGUCAGGGCCUCAAGCCCCGCCGCGGCCCCCACCUCAUACGGCGUCUUCUGCAAGGGGCUCUCCCGCACCCUGCUCGCCUUCUUCGAGCUGGCCUGGCAGCUGCGCAUGAACUUCCCGUACUUCUACGUCGCGGGCUCGGUGAUCCUCAACAUCCGACUGCAGGUACACAUUUAGAGUCGUGACUAAGCUAACGGCCUCAGGGGCUAGCAUAAUGGCCUACUCCCAGGGUCCCUUGCAGCGCGGCGGAGCAGCGAAUGGCGAGGCCCACAGUCUCGCGUUAGUGCUCAGGCGCUGUUCGCGGCUGCUUUCUUCGCUACAAGCAGAGCUCCUCUUGGGGCCGCCGAGAGCCUACAAUUCCUAAAAAGAAAAUACGCGAUUCCGGAAACAGAACUGCAGUUAAGACCCUCGAAAAGAUCUAAGGAAGUGUGCAUCCUAAAACACCUGACGAAUUUGAGGACGUGACAAAGCGCAGAGGUUGCAUUAUUUCAAAACAAAACAGAAGGCUAAAAUUUUCAGGAAAAAGCAAAUCAGUAAACCGUGAGUACUGGAGUGGAUUGUAAGAUUUGAAUGAGUAAGAGCUGAAAGUAUUAAGACUGUGAUAUAGAAGGUACAUACUUCUUCAUCCCACAAGAGAAAAUAAUAAUAAUCAGAAACUUUCAGUGAAAAAAAGCAAAACUGUACAGGAAAAGCAUCCUCCAAAUACCAGACAAAAUGCUGCAAGCUUUUGAACUAUUGGCGACAGUGUGAGAAAAUGGGCUCUAUUGCAAUGCUCCUGUGGCAGGACGUGGAUCGAGGCUUGGAACCGCAGAAAAGGAAAUCCCAUAGUAGCACAAAGCUUGACUGUUCAGUGAAUAACAUUUGAAUAAUCGUAAAAUACAAAUGUUUAUGUUUUUUAUUGUUUAAGGGCAUAAUUAUGGUUACAAAGUGGAAUGCAAAUGUUAUUUACCAUAUUUUAAAAAGAGAGCAGGAAAUACAGGUAGGAAUAUUGAAGGAGGACGGCGGAAAUAAAUGAAAUGGUGGUUCUGUCCUUACAAAGUCGGAACUUGAAAGGUACUGUCUGUUGUUACAGGGUAGCCAUAAAGUUUGUAAAACGGUAAAAUAUUAAAGAGGGAGAGUGGUAGGGGAGAACAGUAUGAAGUCAACAGGAAAUGCCUAAAGAUGGAGAGCUCGGGUAGAAUAUUUCAAAUAAUAAAAAUUGAUAGAGUACCUGGUGUAUUUGAAUACAGCCUAGAGAGCUUUCAUUUUUCCACAGAGAGGGGAUAAAUUAGUGAUUGCAUAUUUUUCAAAAUUAAGAAAACAGAACAUGUAAUUUUGAACCCUGAGAAAAAUAAAAAUUUAAAAACUACACUGUAUACCUCAACUAUGAACAAUACUAGUCAUGUAAAGUCUGUCAUAAUUAUGUGAAUACUGAAUACUGAUUUUACAACAAAUGAUUCUACAACCGGGAGGAUGGAAGAGAAGAGAGAUGUGUGUGUGUAAUGGUGGUAAGCCAAUCAAGAUCUGAUAUAGAAAAGUACAGGAAAAGUAGUAUACACAUGUUUUUUUCAGAUUUAAAAAAAAAACUAUAAUAAUAAACCACUAAGAGUGGUAAAGUUUUAAAUCAAGAUCUGAUACAGAAAAGUGCAGUAAAAGUAGCAUACACAUGUUUUUUCAGAAAAAAAUAAUAAACCACUAAGAAGGGUAAAGUUUUAAACUAGAUGCAGUGUUCUAUAUUCCACUCAGUGUGCCCAGCGAACAGUUAGUUGUUCUAUGUCUUUAAGUAGUAAGUAUCUUGCCCCCUCCAACACCAGGUCUGGCCUUGGGUAAUUGUUCUUUCUAGUCUUUAUUCUUUGUCUCCAGCCAAACUCCACUUGGGCAUAUUCUCUUUUUUGCCUUUUCUACCUGAAGAUACUCUGUUUCAAAGCUAAGCUUAGAUGGCACUUUUUCCUUUAAAUUUUUCCUGGAUUCCACUGACCAUGUAGGAGCUCACUUCUUUUAAUCCAUAAGGCCAUUUUCAUAGGUUGCCUUAUUUUUCUCUAAUUGUGCAUCAGCUAUCUGUUUUAUAUACUCAAGACAGGUUUCCUAGACUGCGAUAAGCCAAAACAUUUUAAUCUAAAAUAUCAGAAGUGUAGUUUAAUAAAUGAAAUAGUAAUACCAAGGGAUUUAGAAUGGUGAACAUCACUGUUUCCCAGAGCACUAAUGUCCCAAUUUGUAAAACAAAAGACUGUCUAGUCUUAAUCCUGAAAUGGUGACAGAGUAGGAUGCUCCAUUUGGGUGACUAUGUGAACAUGUUCCUACAACUUUUUUCCUCACAUCAGUCAUUUGUUAAACCGAAGAAACAGACUUUGUAUUUAUUAUAUCCUCCAACAUAAUUGGCAACUCUUUGAGGGAAGACACUAUAUCCUAUUCACUUUUACACCCUGUAGUAACAGUAUGUGUGUGUAUUGUAUAUAUACAUAUAUGUACAUAUACAUAUAUAAAUGUAAGUAGUAACUAUAUAUGUACACAGUUACCACUUACAUACUAUAUAUGUAUACAGUUACAGCUUACAUUUACCUCCUAAUAUAUUUGCAUAUUUACAUAAAUGUAAAUAUGUGAUUUUUACAUUUUAAAUAUGCAAAAAUUGUGAAUAUGCAUGUAUAUUAUUUACAUAAAUAUGCAUAUAUAAGGAGGUAAAUGUAAGCUCUGUGGUUUAUCAUUUUUUCAUAAUUGCUCUUAAUUCUUGAGGUAUACUUUGCCUCCUACAUGUUGCAAUUCAGUGAAAUUCUCAGGAGACAAAACAAGAUUUUGACCUGAACAAACCAGUUAUUGUUGUAAUUCACAAGUGAGUUUAUUCUUCCUGGCACACUUUCAGGUAAUAUCCAUUAGGCCAAGGAUUUUGUUUGUUCACUGUUCUAUCCCCAAGCCUAGAGCAUUGCCCAGUGCGGAAUAGCUAAUAAAUAUUGUUGGAUGGAUAGAUGAAUGGCAAUUUGGUUGGUAUGCUCUACAUAGCAGUCAAUAAAGGAAACAGAUAUUUGUCCCUGAUAAUAAGAUGAUUCACUUUAUUGCCCAUAAAUUGGGUUUUUUCAGACCAUCAUGCACAUUGAUUGUUCCAGAGAUUCCUCAAGCAUGAAAAAGCAGAGACAUAGGUGGCAUAAUUAUUAUCAGUAAAUACAAAACUUAAGAAAUAUAGCUGACAAAAAAAAAGAGUAAUGAUGUGUUACAGUUUAUUUUAGCUAUAAAAGGAAAAUAGUGAACAUAGCAACGUAUGUAACCUAAGGGAUAGAGGAAAAGUUUUUUUUUUUUUUUUAAUUCUAUGUAAAAAUACAUGUGGUGACAAACAGCAUAUCAUUACCAUCAGCAUCAUUUAAAAAGUAUAUUGAGUUUUUAAUACCAGAAACUAUGAAAAAGUGUUUAUAUACAUGAGCUCCAUAAUUCUCACAUAUACCCUGUGAGGAAAACAUUUUUAUCAUUUUUCAAAGAAGCAAACGGAUUUAGAGAGGUUAAGUAACUUCCUAAGGUCAUAGUAACCAACCAGACCUCAAAUGAAUCUCCAGUAAUUCCUAAAGAUGUAUUUCAUAAGGAGUUCAAUUUUCUUAAAUGUGUAGAUAAUUACAGAUAAUCCUGUUUCUCAAAUUUCUGGACAGAAAUAUUACCUGGGUAAUAGUUACUUUUUUUAACGUAACUAUUGAGGGUCUUUCAUAUUAAAAUAUAAAUAUUUAACAUGAUUUGUUAUGUAAGUUCAAGUAUUUUAUACUCUCUGCAGCCUUAAAUCUAUUGGCUUAUUUUAUUAGACGGUGGUGAGAUUGAGGGAUAUGGGAGCAAAGGGAGAGAGAGAAAAGGACAUUGUCCUCAGAAUGGAAGGAAAACACUUUUCUUUGCUACCCAGAGUAGAGAUCAGACAAUCUUAAAUUUGAGGCCAUGUCUGUUCCUGUCCUGAGAAUCCCUAACCCAAUUUUGUUAGAAAAUCUUGUAGUUUGCUUUUAACGAGUGAUCCUUCUGGCAGGACAUCAAUAGCUUUUGAUAGAGUCAAGAAGAAAAUAAAGUUACAUGCAGAAGCAUAAAGGAGUAGGAUGAAAGUUGAGGAAUACAGGGACAAAAGAUGAGGGAUAGGAAUAUCCUAAUACUUGGAAGUUUGAGCAUGGAAAGUAGUCUAAAGACUAGAUUUGGGAAGUUCCAAGAAAAUGGGCCAAGGAAAGAACCUCUGCAAGAACUAUGAGAAUUCCCAAUAAUUGGGUUGGAUUGAUUCAUGUUAAUCUAUUACUUGGGUUACCUUGAGUGCAGGGAUUCUUCAUGCAGUUUUAACACUUGUACUAUGGUCUGAAUGUGCCCCCCAAAAAUUCACAUACUGGCAUUCUAACCCCCAAAGUGAUGAUCUUAGGAGAUGGGGCCUUUGGAAGGUGAUCAGGUCAUAAAGAUGAAACCCUCAUGAAUGGAAUUAAUGCCCUUAUAAAGGAGACCCCAAAAUAAUUCCCUUACCCCUUUUGCCAUGUAAGAUUAUAGGGAAAAGUCAUCUAUGAACAAGGAAAUGAACCCUUGCCAGAUAUCAAAUUUGUGAAUGCCUGGAUCUUAGACUUCCCAGCCUCUAGAAUUGUAAGAAGUACAUUUCUGUUGUUUAUAAGCA